CUCUCAUUCACGAUCUCGUGGGACUAGGAUCUCCAGGUUGGUGAAAAUGGGAAGGGUGUUCGUGAUAGAACUCGAGGGACCCGCCUAUACAUGCAUAGAGUGCCACACACACAUCGGAGUCCCCAGUGAUAUCAUCUCUAAAGAGAUCGAGGAAGUUUUUGACAUCCAUGACAAUGACAUCAUAUAUGACUUCAGUAGACUCUUCAAUACGUUUCUGGCUAAAAACACGUUCUAUUCUGCUUUGCAAAGUAUCUUUUGUGUCGGUUGUGCUAAUGGCAUUUAUAACAUAAGCCAAGUUGAUGAGGGUGGUCCGACUACUUACUGGGUUGUGAGGAAGAGAUUCCAUGGACCAGAAGGAAGCGAUGAUGAGGUUUAGGAGGUUCACAAAAAGACAGUUUGAAGUAGAAGUAUAUGUUUUUGAAUUUCAUAUUCCUUUGUAUAGUGUGUGAGUAGUCUCAAGAACAAAUCACAUAUUCCUUUUGGGGUUUUGAUGACAUUUGAAAUUAAUGAAUUCAUCUGCAUAGUUUACAUGUUUAUUAUGUUUUCUUAUAAUUGAAUAAUUUGAUAA